UGGCUUCUAAAGCAUAAUUCAAUGCAUAUGUUGUCUUCAUCCUUGUCGCCUGAUAUAGCCAUUAAUAAGGCUUUAUAUAUGUUAGAAGAAAAAUAUAAAAACUUAAAUGAUUGUGGGUCAAAAGCUACGUUUUUGAAUAAAAUCAACACUCUAAUUGAUGAAGAGAUCGUAACUCCAAAAGCAUCAUUAUGUAUUGAAAAUAGAGGCUGA